AUGGCGAUUCCAGCAGCUGUUAUUCUUCCACUGGGGCUACUCUUCCUUCUCUCAGGAAUCAUUGUCAACUUCAUUCAGGCACUUUUCUUUAUCCUUGUUCGCCAAUUUUCAAAGAGUAUGUACAGAAGGAUCAACAAAGUAGUCACAGAGCUGUUGUGGUUGGAGGUCAUAUGGCUUUUCGACUGGUGGGCAAACAUUAAGGUCGAGCUGUACUCAGAUUCUGAAACGUUGCAAUUAAUGGGUAAAGAACAUGCACUUCUCAUUUGCAACCACAGAAGUGACAUUGACUGGCUUGUUGGAUGGGUCUUAGCUCAGCGUUCAGGUUGCCUGGGUAGCGCACUAGCUCUAAUUAAGAAAUCAUCAAAAUUCCUUCCAGGGAUGGCUCUUGUGGAGAAUUUCUGGACUUCUAUUGGCAAAGAUAAGAAAGAGGCGUCAGUUAUAGGUUGGUCAAUGUGGUUUUCUGAAUAUAUCUUUCUGGAAAGAAGCUGGGCUAAAGAUGAGAGCACAUUGGAGUCAGGCUUGCAACAGCUGAAUGAUUUCCCUCGACCUUUUUGGUUGGCCCUGUUUGUAGAGGGAACUCGCUUUACACAGGCAAAGCUUUUAGCAGCUCAGGAAUAUGCUGCUUCAGCAGGGUUGCCCAUUCCAAGGAAUGUGUUGGCCCCUCGUACAAAGGGUUUUGUUACAGCAGUCAGUCACUUGCGCCCAUUUGUUCCAGCAAUUUACAAUCUAACCGUGGCUAUUCCUAAAACUGAGCCUCAACCUACAAUGUUGAGAAUAUUCAGGGGGCAAUCUUCUGUGGUGAGGCAACAAUAUUUGAGUUAUUUUGACUACAGCACUUGA